UGAUGCGAAUUGCGCUUCUCAGUCAUCUUCCGACCGCGACCAAACGCUGACGCCCAAGGCGCUUCGGUGCGUGCUGUGCGAGACCGCGUGCGUGUAAUCUCGGCGGGGUUCGGUUCAACGAAACAAAGCGCGAGAGAAAAAAAAAUCGCAACGCGCACCCAUACCACCAUAGCGUUUGGUGUGUACGUGCACACCACCCCGCCUGGCAUAGUGUGUGACAGCAAAAGGAAUAGCUUGGGAGUGUGUGUGCCGGUGUGAAAACGCGAAACAGCCCAACAUAAACGGGCAGGGGGGGCCCUUGGUUUUUAGAGCAAUCGGCAAAACAAACGCGAAAAGGAUAACAAAAAACGGGCGGAUUUUCGGCGUCGGGCGUUUUUGUUUUCUUCUCUCUCGGGUGGCUUUUGUUGUGCCGAUUUUUAUGCUAAAGUGUGCCGUGCUGUAAAGAAAACGAAAUUCCGAAGAAGAAUUGUGGUGAAGAAGUAUCCAAGCGUUUCUUGGAGACCAGUGUGUGAUCUCCUCACGAGUCGCGAAUUUUGUUUAUCCAGCAGGCCCGCUUGUCGUUUGCCCGCCAUCACUACCACGAAUUCGGUAACCCCAGCCCAGCCCGGAAGCAAGGAACGCAAGCGAAAACAAGAUGCGAUAAUGCGGCCAUGGCACUGCGCGGCUGGCGACUGUUUGGGGUGGCCGGCACCAUACUGGUGUACGUCGGCGGCAUACUGUUCCUAUCGUUCGUCAGUCUGCAGGGACCGCAGCAGAAGCGGGGCGUCCAUGGGCCACGCGGCUACGGCGAGUUCGAGACGAUCCGCAACCGGGACAUGGGGCUGAUGGGCAAGAAGCCACCGCUGCAGUGGUGCACCGAGCUCCACUACCUGGACGCUCCGAUCCGUGCGCCCCGCAAACCACCCAAGCUGCUCCAAACCUUCCCGGGCCAUUUCGUGAAGAAGUUUAACGUGUACAGCUACCAUGGUGGCAUCGGUGGCAGCAGCAGCAGCAGAAACAGUAACAACCAGAACCUACACUCAGCACCCGGACAGGCGGCGGCGGUACAGACCGGGCAGGCGAACGAUGGCACACUCGCUGGCCCAUCGGUCGCAGCGUCCGGUGCCGGCAGUCCGGGCAGUUCCUCGCAUCCGGUUCGGCCUAACAGUGACACAGCUAGUGGUAAGCUAGGAGAUAAUGGUGAUAGCGUAAGAAAUGGCGGCGGUGUGGCGCCGUGGCGCACGAAGGGCGCACACUCGAAACCGGAACUGACGGCGCUCGUCUCAUUCCCGGGCAGUGGUAAUACCUGGCUGCGGUAUCUGCUCCAGCAAGCGACCGGCAUUCUAACCGGGAGCGUGUACAAAGACUAUGGACUCCUUAAAAGUGGUUUCCCGGCGGAAAGUGUCGCCAACUCGUCGGUACUGGUAGUCAAAACGCACGAAUGGGGCCCGCACGCAUGGGCCCCGUACACGAAAGCGAUUCUACUGAUACGUGAUCCGGAACGGGCCAUUCUGGCGGAGUUUAAUCGCCAAUCUGGUGGCCACGUGGGAUUUGCCUCGCCUGACCGUUACCGUAGGACCAAGGGUCGAUAUUGGACUCAAUUUGUAAAAAAUAAGCUUUGGGCAUGGGAACAAACGAAUCUCUCGUGGGCGAAAAAUUUCACCGGCGAAGUCAAGCUCGUCUUCUACGACGAUCUGGUGGAGAACGUCGAGGGAACACUGCGCAGUAUUCUACGAUUCCUAAACUACCCGACGGACGAGGAGCUGUUGGCGUGUGCACUUAUGCGAAAGGAAGGUAUUUAUAGGCGCAAAAAGCGCAUCCUCCAGUUCGACCCGUACAGUCCGGCAAUGCACGCAGCAAUUGACGAGAAGCGGGCCGAAGUGUAUGCUGCCCUCGGACGUUAUGACGCACACUGAGCACACCGGAGGCUAUUAUUGUGAUUUAAGGGGUUUCAGGGUUUUGGUUUUUUUUCCCCCUUCAUUCUUGUACUCGAACACACGAGUUUGCUCCAGAAGCUAGAAAGAGGCUGCGCCUUUUUUGCUCACAAAGUAUUUGUAUAAAUCUUAAGUAGAAUGUUAAAAGUGUGCAAGUACCGUACCGGAACCAAAGCUACCAAUCGAAAGCGAGAAUCGUUCAAGGCACCAGUUGAAAGCUUCCAGUUAGUGAUGUGUUUUUGUAGCCAAAGACAGCGGAUUGAGGGUGCGGUUGUGUUUAGUUUUUUUUUUUUUUCUGUACAGCCGUAUCCUGUUUGUUACCGUACAAUUGAACCGAAAACAUUCUAGUCAGCAGAAGGGACAAACUCUUCCGUUUUGCUAUAUGGGCCGUAGGGCGAUCGAGUCAGCGGAAGCAGCAGCAGAGCCAAACAUGUCUUAACGUAACCAAAGUAAUGUAACACGAUAUUACCAGCAGCCGGAGGAAAAACAAAACCAGGCAGAUUUAAAAGUAGAUACACACACACAAUUUAGAAGAAACACAUUGUAGGCGCUAUAAGAAACUGGUAAGACUUUUAGAAACGAUUUAGGAACAAUAGUUACAAACAUAAGCAUACACGCGACUAGGCACAGGAUGAGAGAUAUAUUUGUUUCUUAGUAAACGACAAGAAAUGUAUGCAACAAUUUUAAGACUUGCCACGAAACACAUUCAUACAAACACGAGAGUAACACACGGCCAUAAUCCGGGGGUGGUAGGUUGGUGCAAUUGCGCAGAAAACCAAGUAUAGACAAAUCCACGUAACCGAUUAGUAAUCCCUGUUCCGUGUGGUGACGACGAAGCAAACACGAUGUAUGAUAGCAUUGGGGCUGCUGGUGUAAACGAAUGUGCAUUAUAUGUAGACACCAGUGCAGAAAACAAAAAGCCGAAUAAACUUAUUUAGAGAUGUUCGAAACAUA